UUAUACUUUCUGUCCAAACCCACCUUCCCCACAAGUAUCUAGACCAUUUUCAUUACAAGCCUUGAGAAAUAGAUAGAUACAUAGAGAGAGAGAGACAGAGAUGGGAAGAGCACCAUGUUGUGACAAGGAAAAGGUGAAGAGAGGGCCAUGGUCUCCAGAGGAAGAUGAAAAGCUGAAAGAGUACAUAGAGAAGAAUGGCCCUGGAGGAAAUUGGAUUGCACUUCCACAAAAAGCUGGGCUGAGAAGGUGUGGAAAAAGCUGCAGAUUAAGAUGGCUAAACUACCUCCGACCUAACAUUAAACAUGGAGAUUUCUCAGACCAAGAAGAUAGAAUCAUUUGCAGCCUCUAUGCUACCAUUGGUAGCAGGUGGUCAAUAAUUGCAGCCCAGUUGCCAGGCAGGACUGAUAAUGACAUCAAGAACUACUGGAACACAAAGCUCAAGAAGAAACUCAUGGGAAUCAUGCUUUCAUCUUCAUCUUCUCCUGACCAGAAAACCAGACCUAAUCCUCUUCCCCCAUCAACAAUCUCAUCAUCAUCACCAUUCAAAUGUAGCAACAACUAUAAUUAUUACCCUAUAACUGAUCCUACUUUCCCACCACCAUAUGCUUCUACUACUACUUUCUUGAACCCAUCUUCUAGCUCAUCAGCUUCAAACCCUGUGGGCCCCACCAUCCAAAGUCAUCAUCUGUUGGUCAAAGGUGAUCAUCAUCAUCAUCAUCAUCAUCAUCAAGCUAGCUGUAGCUCUUCUGAUGGGAGUUGGAGUAACCAGAUUAUCAGCCAAGACAAAGAGUAUGGUUAUGGUGAGAGCUUAGGUCUGCAAAGCUUUGGCUACAAUGGGGUUGCAGAAAACCAGCAAGCAGUCAACAAUGGUGGAAACCCAUUAGAUUAUAGUAGUCUGGAGGAGAUUAAGCAGCUGAUUAGCACUAAUAACGUCAGCCAGAACAGUUUCUUUGUUGAUGAGGAAAACAAGUAUGAAGAAAAAGUCAUGAUGUACUAUUGAUUGAUCUGAUGAUAUAUGGAUGAGUUUUCAGUGCAGAUCAAGAAGAUUUCAAUUCAAGGGGAUCCCUUUUUUCUUUUCCUUUUUAAUAGUACUUUGAAGAUUUAAAUUUGCGGUAAAAAUUGUCACUUUUUUAUAUAGGUAUGUAGAUUCCAUUUCUCCUGUUUUUGCAUUGGUGCAUUUAUUUUUGGCAAA